GAGAAAGGCGGGGAAACGAUUAAUAGUCGGGGAAUGGGUAGUGUUUGUCAAGUUGGUAAACUUGUUUCCUGGUGUUUGAACUGUCAAAAACGUACCUUUAUCCAUCGAUGGAGCAAAUUUAUUCGAUGGCAAGAGUUAGUAGCCGAAGAAAUUGAGGAUAAGAAAGUUGAAAAGUCCAUCAAAAAUUUCUUGAAAGUGGGUGACGGUGCUUAUAUUUCACCAGAACGAAUUGAAGAUGUACUCCCAAAGAAGCAGGUAGAGGACGUUGGAAAUGAUAUCGAAUUCAACACAUUUUACACUCAGCUUCGAUAUGUCGAUCAUAGUUUGGACAAUUUACGCCGUUUUAAGCGUUAUGAGCAUUUUCAGCAUCUUCAAUAUGACCAAAGGUUUAUUCCGGAACGUUUACUCUUCCUUGGUCCGGAUUUAGCAGCCGCUCAUUUUUUGGUCCAUCGUGGGGCAGCAGUAAAAUUUGUUGCUGACGAUCUGUGGAUUAAAAAAGAUGAAAGCGAUAACUAUUCUCUGCCUGGACGGAAAAUUCCAGGCUUAUUUGUGGAGGCAAUUGAUGCCUCUGAUACAGAAUUAAUGUUUGAAGGGCUGGAUAAUUUAUCCAAUCUAAGACAUUUGCGACUACUAAGGCUUGCUGGAUGCCGUUAUGCAGAUGACUGGAUGAUGUCAAGAAUCGGUGCAUUAUUUUCUGAUUCCCUUGAAAUGUUAGAUCUCAGUGACUGUGAUCGUAUUACUGCUAAGGGUUUAGCUGGUCUUAGAACGCUUAAGAAAUUGCGCUAUCUCCGAAUAGAAGGACUAAGUCAUGUAAAGGAUAUUGCAAAAACAGCUUUGUUACUGGAAGAAUCAAUUCCUAAUUUGGAAGUGUUUGGUAUUGAUUACGAAGACGCUUUAAAAUCACUUCAAAAAGAAAUGAAGCUUUUGGCAGAUGAUCGAGUUGUUACUGAUGCUAAAGGUAAUGCAUAUGCUGAAGAUGAUGAUGGACGGUUAUUCUAUGUUGCUGGUCGAGUUAAUGAACGACCUGUUGUUUCAGAUGAUGAUAAACCGAUUAUGACAAGCACAAUUCGACGUGAACUGCCGGAAAUGGAAUUGGUGGAAUUUGAACGACUUGACGAAUAUUCCGGUGGUAAAUUACGUCAUUUGUUAGUUGGUUCACCAAGUGGUUAUUCAUGGACGCAGGAGGUGGAGACAAUUCUGAGUUUUGAAGAAAAAUGGAAAAGAAAGCUUAAUAUCCCUGUAGAUAGCAAACUUUUACCGAAAUCGAAACGAUUACCCAAAUUGGCAGGACCAACGGAAUCAGCUGCUCCAUUACUUGAUCAACCAGAGGAACCUGUUGUAGUUAACAUUAAAUUGUUGGAAUAA